GAGUGUUUAUGGUGAGUGCUUUAAGCAGCUCUCUCUGUACCUUCAAAAUAUCUCCUCUAAAAAUCCAUAGUUCCCACAUUUCCUCCAUUUUUCAUUUGUUAUUUCCAUUUGGAGCUAUUUCUGGUGAUACAACAUUACCGGCUCCUGCAUUACUGAGGAUCCAGGCAUCUGCGCAUAUUGCAAGCAGCCCUGCUAUUCUGUGGAUUCAAGCAUCUUCUUGCAUGGAAUUCAGGGCAUGACAACAUGCAUCACUUGUCGUUUCAGAGCAUGUGCUACGACUCAUACGGAAUGAUGGAGGACCAACAGCUUCCCGGAUAAAACCUGCAGACUAAAAGAACAUCACAUCUCAAAUCAUGCAUUUAAGGUGGGUGGAAGGAUGUAGCUGAGGAACAAACGGACCAGAAUCUAGACCAAUCACAAACUAGGGUCAUCCCUGAAAGGGGUGUGGCCUUUGGACUACUGCCCAACAUGUCCAAGAAAGCAUCCACUGGGCGGGGCAAAGGGGAGCGGCUUGACGCCAUGGCAGCCCUGCAAGCAGCCAAUGAGGAGCUGAGGGCCAAACUCACGGAAAUCCAAAUUGAACUGCAGCAGGAGAAGUGCAAGGUUAGCAAGCUAGAGAGGCAGAAGUCUCAGGAGGUUCGUCAUGAGCAGAACAAGUCAUCGGUUGUGGUGACAGAGUUAAAGGCCAAACUGCAUGAAGAGAAGCUUCGGGAGCUGCACAGUGUCCGGGAGACGCUCCUACACCAACAUGAGUCGGAACUGGUGCGGGUCAUUAAGAUCAAAGAUGGAGAGAUACAGAGACUCCAGGCACUUGUUAGUGCCCUCAGAGAUGGAUCCACCGACAAGGUGAAGUCCGCACUAAUGGCAGAGGUGCGAGAGGAGGCCAGGAGGAGUUUCGAAGGGGAGCGCAUGCGGCUGCAGCAGGAGAUCACCGAGCUGAAGGGGGUGAAAAGGCACAUGGAGGAGGCGUUAAGCGUGGCCGUACAAGCCGACAAAAUCAAAGCCUCUGAGAUCCGCAGCGUUUACCAUCUUCACCAGGAGGAAAUCAACCGCAUCAAGAGAGAGUGCGAGAGAGAGAUCCGCAGAUUGAUGGAUGAGAUUAAAGUAAAGGAGCAUGCAGUCUGUGGGCUGGAGCAAGAGCUCAGCACUCAGGCAGGCCACACGUGGAGGUUACAGCAGCAGAAACAGGCUGUAGACACUCAACUGGCCCUGCUGCGAGACUCCAGCCCCAGACGAGAGGGCCCUUACUCGCCCGACGCAGCAGAGAACACAGCUAACCCUGUGCAGCAGUUGGAUGAGAAGGACGCCCGACGUUUCCAGCUGAAAAUUGCAGAACUGAGCGCUAUUAUCCGCAAACUAGAAGACCGCAACGCCCUGCUGUCAGAGGAACGCAAUGAACUGUUAAAGCGUCUCCGUGAAGCUGAGAGCCAGUAUAAACCAGUACUGGAUAAGAACAGACGUCUGAGUCGCAAGAAUGAGGAACUGGCUCACGCACUGAGACUCAUGGGAAACAAACUGCAGUUUAUCACUCAUGAGAACAUCGAAAUGAGAGAGAGAGUCAGGAUGAGACGGAGGCCCAGUUCUCUAAACGAUCUGGAUCAGAGUCAAGAGGAGAGAGAGAUUGAGUUUCUACGACUGCAAGUGCUGGAACAACAGAACAUAAUCGACGAUUUGUCCAAGGCUCUGGAAACAGCUGGAUAUGUGAAGAAUGUGAUUGAGAGAGACAUGCUGUUAAGAUACAGGAGGCAGGACAGUCUGCGCAGGAAGAAGCCCUUCAGAACAUGUAGGCCGGUAGUGGAGACGUUUUUUGGCUAUGAUGAGGAAGGCUCUAUAGACUCAGAUGGCUCGUCUAUUUCCUACCACACAGACAGAACGCCAUGCACACCAGACGAUGACCUUGAAGAGGGAAUGCUUAAAGAGGAGACAGAGCUUCGUUUCUGUCAGCUGACGAUGGAGUAUCAGGCUCUUCAGCGAGCGUAUGCGCUCCUACAGGAACAGGUCGGGGGAACAUUUGAUGCAGAGAAAGAGGUCAAGACUCGAGAGCAGCUGCAGGCCGAACUGAUCCGAUAUCAGACCAGAAUAUCAGAUCUGGAGUGUGUUCUGAGUCAACAGGGACAGGAUAUGAAAUGGAUUGAGGAGAAACAAGCUUUGUACAAACGCAACCAGGAGCUUGUAGAAAAGCUUAAAAACAUGGAGACAGAGGAGACACGAUUGAAAAAUGAAAUUCAGGAUGCAAAAGACCAAAAUGAACUCUUGGAGUUCAGAAUUCUUGAACUGGAAGAAAGAGAGAGAAGAUCUCCAAUCAUAAACUUCCAGAACAUUCAUUUUGCAGAGGGCAUGAGUGCCCUACAAAUCUACUGUGAGGCAGAGGGCGUUACUGACAUUGUGAUUAUAGAACUGAUGAAGAAACUCGACAUUCUGGGGGAUAACGCCGUAAGUAAUCUCACUAAUGAGGAGCAAGUGGUGGUUAUUCAUGCCAGAACGGUAUUAACCUUAGCAGAAAAGUGGUUAGAGGACAUCGAGGUCACCAAAUCUGGAUUACAACAGAAAAUGUUUGACAUUGAAUGUGAAAAGGAGCUCUUUAGCAAACAGAAAGGAUAUUUAGACGAGGAAUUAGACUACAGGAAGCAGUCUUUGGAUCAGGCACAUAAGCGUAUCCUUGAGUUAGAGGCAAUGCUGUUUGAUGCUCUGCAACGAGAAGAGACUGGAGGGAAGGUAUCUGAGCUCCUGACCGAACAGGACCGUGCUUCGCUUAGAGAAGCUGUCAAUCAGUGGAAGAGGCAGGUCCUCAGUGAAUUACGAGAGAGAGAUGCGCAGAUACUCAGAGAGAGGAUGGAGCAGCUACAACAUGCUCAAGCGAGAAUAAAAGAGUUGGAAGAAUGGAUAGAGACACAGAAACGACAAAUAAAGGAACUAGAAGAAAAGUUUUUAUUUUUAUUUUUGUUUUUUUCUUUAGCCUUCAUUCUUUGGUCGUAGCUAUUCCGGAGAGCAAGAAAGGGUGUUGCGUGGCUUAGUGGACCCCGGACACAGGCUUCAAGUGUUCUAUCUUCUGUAACAGAGGAGCGGCCGCACUUGUGCCAUCAGAGGUUCCUGCCAUCAAUUCUGUGCUGAUACGAGACUUUAAACUGUUCACAUCAACAUAAACUGGCCUCUUCACGAUCUACAGCUAAUGGAAUAUGGUGCUCUCUGUAUCUUCUGGACUCUAACUGUUUUUAACCUCCUGACAUUUUAAACGUUGCUUUGUGUGACCUCUUUGUGUGUGGAAUUUAAAGACUCUUAAAUUGAAAUGCUCUCUUUCCCUGCUAAGCAGGUGGUUGCUGGAGGCUGCUUCCCUUUGGAAGCCUGAUGGAAUGAGAGGUGUUCCGGUAAAACCCUUCCUCCCACUGUUUACACUCACUCUACUUUGGAUCCCGGUGGCACGUCAUGGCAUUGGCGUGAUGGUGCUAGCCCUUUACUGUGCAAAGUUAGAAAUGGAACUGAAAUUUAAACAUGUCUGGUUUUCUAAUGUACAUGAGCAGUAUUUCGAAUAAAUUUCUCAGAGGAAGACUGAAAAACUAAGAGGAUGUUAUUGGGUCUUUUUCUUUUGAUUGAAAAGUGAAUGAUGUAAAUCUCCAAUAAGUGCCUUUGAAAAGCUUCAAACUCAGGUAAUCCCAAGGUAAAUUUUGUGUUUCCUUUUUCAUUUUUAAUGUAUUUAUCCAAAUAUUGUGUGCUUUUCACAGUUAAAAUCGUUGUGUGUAAUGUGUUACAUUACUGUAGGCUAAUCUAAUUGCAUUUUGCUGUAACGCAGUAAUUUAUCUGUUACCUUUUAAAUUUAAGAGAUUUGAUUACAGUUACUGACAUGAAUAAAAUUAAAUUACUUGGAUUACAAUAUUUAUAUAUUUAUUGCGAAGACAGUAAUAUUAGAAUGAGUAUUAGAAUGUAGUAUGUAGUAUAGUAGAAUGAAUUUUUAAAUGUUUACGUUCCUAUGUUUGUACUUCAGUUUGCGUUGUUGUGUUAGUCGAUGAGCAUGAACUCUAUAACAAACCACCAUAGAAGACACACAUGGAGGCGAUGGCAGAUGAGUGAAUGAACGCUGCAGAAUUCCAUUCUUCAAAUGGAAAAUGAAAGCGAGCCAAGAGCGAAGCGUUUCGAAUUUUCAUGCGCUCACAAUCAAUCUCAGCGAGCACUGUCAGCGUGUUCCAAGCCCUGGCUAGGUGAGAGAGGCACGCAAGGCUUUCCGUUAAGUAAUCUGUAAUCUGAUUACAGUUUUAGAGAAGUAAUCUGUAAUGGAUUCCUUUUUAAAAGUAACUUUCCCUACACUCUUUAUACUGUGAAAAGUCUCAUACGGAAAUAUUCUGUCUCUUCUGUCCUUGCAAGCAACAUACAGUAGAGCAGGGGCUGGCAACCUAUGGCACGCGUGCCAGCAUUGGCAUGUGGAGGGGUAAUCACUGGCACGGCAGCAACGGCGAGAGAGGAGUAUCUAUUUUAUUUAUAUAAAUUCCGCACCUGCAUUCCAAUCUACAUCUUGAUGUAAUCCUUCCUCAUGAUCACGCAGCAUGUUUUCAUGAGCUGAAUGGGAGGCUGAACAAAAAGUUAAAAUGUGACGAGACUGCAGUACACCCAACAGACUCGGCACAGCCAUUGACCAGGAAAAUAGAAAAUGGCACUCCAUGAAAAGUAAGUCUCAUACUGAAAUAGUCUAUUCUGUCCUUGCAAGCAACAUACACUAGAGGGUAGUAGAGGGCGUCACAGAACUGCAAAGAAUUUAAAGGGAUAGUUCACCAAAAAAUGUAAAUUCUGUCAUUUACUCACAAUCAUGUCAUACAAAACCUGUAUUUCUUUCUUCUUUGGAACACUAAAUGAGAAUUUUUAUGAAAAAAUGUCCAAAAGUGACAAAAAGCAGCAUAAUAGUACCUUAAAAGUGGUCCAUCUAAUUUGCGUACAUUCAAAUCCAGCACAGAUGCAGUGCACCAGGUCAUACGCCAAUGAUGCCAAUCACCACAAGUUUAAAUAUGAAGAAGUGCAAAUAAGAUUUGAAAGCUACUGCAGAGGGGAAGUGUUUCAGUUAAUAACUUACAUUUCAGUCUGUUCCUCACACAAAGCUAUCAUGUGGCAUCAAAAACUUGGAAUAUUUAGAGGUCCAAGAACAAAGUCUAUAUUUUCUAAAAGCAAAGUCCAAACAUACCAAAAUUUGGUAUACUUUGACAACAGAACAUUUCGAGGAUGCAUGCCAAGUUUCGUCCAAUUCUGCCCACAGUAUGCACUCCAACUAAAAAUCUGUACUUUAUCUGCAACCAUUUGAUUGUGGAAGUUGACAUUGUAUUGCAUCUUCUUUGAUGCAAGCACUAACAUGUCCUUUAUACCAAUCCUAACAUAUCCAAUAAAUAUUACACAGACAAAUCAACAGAAAUGGCCGCCAACCGUUAUUCAGAAUUCUGUAUCCAAGAAAUUCAUUUCUGAAUGUCCAAUGGUCAUGAAACUUUGUAUACAUGAAGGGUGUCUACAAGAAGCUGUGUACCAAAUUCUGUGAGAAUCGACCACAAUGUGUUGCUAUAAUAAGCUAAUUCACCUUAAUGCUAAUGACUCUGGAACUGUAAGGGCAACUAUAUAUAUAUAUGUAUAUAUAUACACACUGUAUAUUGUAUGAAUUUUUUUGAAUUAGUUUUAAUUUUUCUUUUUCUAAUUCUUCCCUAGGCUGUUUGUCUGAUUCACUUGAAAUGUAUCGUUUAUCAUCUAGAGACAGUAGGUUACUGGUAAAAAGUUUGAAUUCAUUAAGUUGUUCAUAGAUAUAUGAAAAGAACUCAAAUAUUGAUCUGUUUCUUGCCCCAACUUAUAAAAUAUAUUUUUAAGACAUGAAUUUAACCACUGGAAUCAUAUGGAUUACUUUUUUCCUGCUUUUAUGUUCUUUUUGGAGCUUCAAAAUGUUGUUCACCAAUCACUCGCAUUGUAUGGACCUACAUAGCUGAGAUAAUCUUCUUAAAAUGUUCAUUUGUGUACAGCAGAAUAAAAAAGUCACACAUCUGCGAUGGCAUGAAGGUGAGUAAAUGAUGAGAGAAUUUUCAUUUUUGUGUGAAUUAUUCCUUUAAGUUUGCCCACCUUAGCAAACUACGACCAAUGGAAUCAGUUGAACUUUAAACAUGUUAAGUACUAUUGUGGCAACUGUUUAAAAUAGUUUAGCAUGACUGGAUAUUAAAUCUUAAAGAACUAUGAGACUCCAACCUUAUCUGGCUAUUUUCAUCUGAUGGCCCAGUUUACACAUCACUCUACUUUUUGUCAUUUUUGGAUUUUAACAGCCUAACAAUUAUGCUUAACAUGAAGGUAAAUAAAUAAUUUGGGGUGAACUAUUCCUCUCAAUUUAAAGAGGUUUUUGAAUCUCUGUUGGCAGGAUUCUUUAUACUGCUCUUUUUUGUGUCUAGCAGUAUCCAUGAAAAUGCCUCUAGAUGAGAGUUUCUCAAGAACAUCAUCAAAAAAUAAAAUAGUGACAUCAAACAGUCUAUUAAACUUCUGUCUUGACCACUGAGUUUGUUAUUUUAGGAGUUAAACUAAUAGACAUUUAUGUCAGGCAGCUAAAAUACUUUCCUGUCUGCUAAAAUUCAACUCAGCUAUGGAGAAAACGAGAAAGGAAUGGAGGAGAGGAGAGGAGAGGAGAUAUAGUCAAAUCUAGGUUUUCUGCCUCUGGCUGACUUAUCCAUCUCACUCUGUUACAUCUACUACUAAGAAAUGCCACUGCCUUACAAUCAAAGAGAACCGGGGAAGCAGAAUGUUCCAGAAUAUAUGAGCUGUAUAUCACAGAUACCCAGGGGUCCUUUGAGUUUUUAGAAAUACGAUCAUGGACUUUGAAGGUACAGCUUUGCUCCUUCCAAAGGCAAGCAGAACAUGCGGUAAAAACUCGUAUUUUCUAUAUGAUAUGAUUUUAGGGGUAUUUGAUAUGGAAACAAACUGUGGUCUGAUACUGUUAGCAGUUUUGUUUGUUUGCAGAACUGAGAAUGUUACACAGUGGUUGACAGUAUAUAUUGUAUGGAUUUCAUUUAGAUUCCAUUUCUCUGGCAAUGGGAAUGAAUCAACAUGUAUCUUUUACAUGUACAUGUGUCAGACUAAAUGAAGUGUAAACCUCUUUUCCUCAGGCUAUUCUUAGAGUUCUGCCAUUGUGUGCUUUUAUAUGACCCAUGCUGACUUGAAAGUGUUUUUAGCACAUUUAUUCCCAGAGGCUUUUAGCAUGUGUGGCAAGAUUCCCUUUCUUUUGGGCACAUUUUCAAACCUCCAGAUGGGCUAUCCCACAUCUCCACAUGCACAGAUGAGACCAGACACAAUGUAAACGACAUCUGCAGUGCAUUUAGGAUCUGUCUGUUUAACAUCAAAAUGUGUAACAUGUUUCAUUUACAUGUUUGUUAUAUAAUUUUUCAAGCAAUAAAAUCAUUGUCUA